CUAGACUACGGCAUGGCAGCACACAAGCUUUGAAGUCUUUUGACAGGUUACCGAGAGGAGGAGGGCGAGACUCACGCCGGUGUUCCGUAGCUGACCGGAAUGACACAACGCGGGGAGAGUAACGUUAACGCCAGUGUGGUCGAGGACGAGAAAGAGCUGCUGAGAAGAAGGUUGGAGCUCUUGCAGAGGGAAUACGAACGAACUGCCCUCCGACUACAGAGAGCAGAGCGCCGGGAUGUGGUCCGUAGACACGUUCGCAGUCGCAUCUCAGAGCACAACCAAUCAGGAGUCUGUCAAACUGAAACCCCGCCCCUUGAGUCGAACAUCAGUGGGAAACCAACAAACCACACAGGUGUGGAUGUUCCAGGAGGUUCUGCAGCUCUACGUUCUUCACCUGGCCCCUCCAGAUCUCUGAGUUCUCCUCAGACCAGGGUUCUACGAGGUUCUCCAGCUCUGCGUUCUUCACCUGGACCCUCCAGAUCUCUGAGUUCUCCUCAGACCAGGGUUCUACGAGGUUCUGCAGCUCUACGUUCUUCACCUGGACCCUCCAGAUCUCUGAGUUCUCCUCAGACCAGGGUUCCGGCCGUCCGGUUCCACUUGCCCUCUUUAGACCCCGCCCUCUCCCCCAGGUUAAGCCCCGGAACGCGAUUACGGUCCAAACGCAGCCGCCUUCGCCUGGCAGAGAGAGAGAGGGAUGGAGAGAGCAGCCAAGAGAGAGAGAGAGAGAGGGAUACAGAGAGCAGUUUGGAGAAUGAGAGAGAGAGGGAUGGAGAGAGCAGUUUGAAGAAUGAGAGAGAGAGGGACAGCGAACGCGAGAAAGAGAGAGAGAGGGAUGGAGAGAGCAGUUUGAAGAAUGAGAGAGAGAGGGACAGCGAACGCGAGAAAGAGAGAGAGAGGGAUGGAGAGAGUCGUCUGGAGAGUGAGAGAAGGAGAGGUGGAGAGAGGGGAGGCGGAGCUCCACAGUCUAAUCUGCCAGCCAGCCAACCAGACGCCAGGAGUCCUGCCUCUGACCAAUCGCUGCCAAGCAGACGCAUCAGUAAGCCAAGGAGGCGAGCAGGAAAUGUAAACCAAUCAGGGCCUGCGGCUACUCCUACAGCUAGUCCCGCCCAUCACCCCGUCCACCAAUCAGGGCCUGCGGCUACUCCUACAGCUAGUCCCGCCCAUCACCCCGUCCACCAAUCAGGGCCUGCGGCUACUCCUACAGCUAGUCCCGCCCAUCACCCCGUCCACCAAUCAGGGCCUGCGGCUACUCCUACAGCUAGUCCCCGUCAUCACCCCGUCCACCAAUCAGGGCCUGGAGCUAGUCCCCGUCAUCAGCCUGCAGCUACUCCCGUUUUCACUCAUGACGAUGUCAGCAGCCAAUCAAGCGGCCCCUCAGGUAAAGAGCCUGUCCAAUCAGAGAGCAAGGUGUGUGGCAGCAGCCAAUCGGAGGGCUCGUGUACAGAGCCUGUCCAAUCAGAGAGCAAGGUGUGUGGCAGCAGCCAAUGGGAGGGCUCGUGUGCAGAGCCUGUCCAAUCAGAGAGCAAGGCGUGUGGCAGCAGCCAAUCGGAGGGCUCGUGUGCAGAGCCUGUCCAAUCAGAGAGCAAGGUGUGUGGCAGCAGCCAAUCGGAGGGCUCGUGCGCAGAGCCUGUCCAAUCAGAGAGCAAGGUGUGUGGCAGCAGCCAAUCAGAGGGCUCGUGUACAGAGCCUGUCCAAUCAGAGAGCAAGGUGUGUGGCAGCAGCCAAUGGGAGGGCUCGUGCACACUGGUGGAGGGGCUGCUGUUCCCGCUGGAGUACUACGUCAGGACCACGCGCCGCAUGGCCGGCUCUCCAAGCCCAUUGGACCUCCAGGCUGUCAUUCUCAGCCAGCUGAGUCGGGGGCGGGGCAAGCGCAGGGCCAGCCAGUCACGGUCCUCGGUGACGCCCAGUGGUGUCGGCGGCACCGGGUCCGAGGAUUCCUGCGCGCAGGUGGACUCUAAGCCAAUCAGAGUUGAGGAUUCCUCUUUGCACCGGGACUCUGAACCAAUGGGAGCUGAGGAUUCCUCCGCGCAGACGGUGUCUAGGCCAAUCAGAGCACGGAGGCGUCGCCGAGGGGCGGGCUGGGCGAAGAAACCGAGACGGAGUCGAAUCCCGAGCCCGUCCUGGACCAAUGAGGAUGCAGCGUCAGAUCCAGAGGCCUCUGAUAGGAUACCUGACACAGAGACACACCCACAAACACACUCAGAGCCAAUCAGAGUUGAAGACCACAUAGUGACAAAUCCACUAACCCACUCAGAGCCAAUCAGAGUUGAUGACGACAUAGUGACACGUCCAUUAACCCACUCAGAGCCAAUCAGAGGUGAUGAAUACACAGUGACACGCCCACCAAUCCACUUAGAGCCAAUCAGAGGUGAUGAUCACACAGUGACACGCCCACAAACCCCCUCUGAGCCAAUCAAAAGUGAUCACCACAUGUUGACACGCCCAUUAGCCCACUCCGAGCCUAUCACAACUGGUGACCCCACAGGGACACGCCCAUCAAUAAUCUCUGGACCAGUCACAGCUGGUGACCCCACAGAGACACACCCAUUCUCCCACGGCGACGUGGAGACUAAGCCACUCCCACAGGAUAGACCCCUCCCACUGCCUGCGGUUAAGCCCCUCCCACAGGAUAGACUCCUCCUACUGCCCGAGGUUUAUCCAGUCUUCAAAAGGGGGUGUGGCCAGAAGAGGAAACGGGCUCAAACAGAAAAGGAAGUCUCUCUGCAGCUGCCCUCGUUGGGCUCCCUUGCCCAGGCGCUGAGAGCAGAGGGUCAUGGGAGCCUGCGGAGUCUCCUCCUGACCUUCGACCUCCAGGACUUUCACCUCCCCGACGACGAGUUCGGCCACCUCAAGCUGCAGAAGCUCCGCCCCUUAGUGACGGGGGUGGAGCCAUACUCGCCCCCCUCCUCUGGGCUCACCACUCGCCGUAGCAACAGGCGCUGUAGCAACAGGAGUGCAGUAAACACAACCCCUGGCAACAGUAACCGGUGUAGGAGGUCUCUCUCAGACCCUCACUCGGAGCACAACGAUUGGUUGAGCCCAGACCCCCUGCUCCUAAGCCCCACCCCGACAGGAAGUGAGGUCGGUUCGCUUGGCCCACCUCCACAGCUCAGCAGCCAAUCAGACGGAAGGGCUGAUGACGAUCCUGACCAAUCACAAGCACAGAAAGAACUGAAGCCGGCCACAGGCUUAACGGACCGCAAGGACCAAUCAGAAACCAGGUCAGGCACUGCGAACCAAUCAACUGAGUCAACUGAGCAGGCUGAUGACCAAUCCCGACAAAGAUGGACUACGGACCAAUCACAGAGGCACAACGACACCACUAUGGACCAAUCAGAAAGGCAGGGAGAAAGCGUAGCUGGUAGCAGGCUAGCAUUGACAGACGUAGCCUCUCACACAGACACACACACAGACACACACGUCACUUUAAAUGCAGACACACACACAGAAACACACACAGAAACACACAACGCUUCAGAUUCAGACACAGUGACCUUCACACACACUGACUCUUGCAUACAGGCAGACACACACACAGACACGCUCAACACUUUAGACAUGCACACACACCAAGAUUCACACACUGACACGAGGACUCGCACACAGACGCGCUCCCACACACAAACAGACUCGUGCCAGGUCAACGACUCAAACACACUAUGGGACACACACACUCACGCUGUGACCGACACACCCCAGUCUGUAGCGGAGCGCACACACACUCCCACUCCCACUCACACUCCCACUCACAGACACACUCACACACACUCUCUACUGAACCUCAGCCUGUCGCUGACCUCACACACCCAGAGGGGUCACGACCCCGAUCUGCCCUCCUUAGGCCACACCCCCUUCUCACCACCCCCCACCUCCCGCCCUCUCUUCCGCUCACAGCACUCUCCCUCCCUCCAUCCCUCCAUCCAUCCCUCCCUUCAUCCCUCUCUUUUUUCCCCUCUCCAUCCCUCCCUUCACCCCUCUCUCCACCCUUCUCUCCAUCCCUCCGUCCACCCUUCUCUCCACCCUUCUCUCCAUCCCUCCGUCCACCCUUCUCUCCAUCCCUCUCUCCAUCCUUCUCUCACUUCCUCUCUGGGUCGUAGCCCGGCCCACGCCCCGGCUGCCGAUUGGCUGGCGAAGUCUUCGAGGGGCGGGGCCAGCAGUCCGGUUCCAGACGCCCCGGCCGGGUCCAACACAGAGCAGAGCAGCACGACUGGGACCAGAACCGGAGUUAGUGAGAGGAACCAGGGAACCGACACUGAGGAGAACGUGAGAGGAACCACCGACACUGAGGAGAACGCGAGAGGAACCACCGACACUGAGGAGAACGCGAGAGGAACCACCGACACUGAGGAGAACGCGAGAGGAACCACCGACACUGAGGAGAACGCGAGAGGAACCACCGACACUGAGGAGAACGCGAGAGGAACCACCGACACUGAAGAGAACAUGAGGGGAACCGACACUGAGGAGAACGCAAGAGGAACCGACACUGAAGAGAACAUGAGGAGAACAGACACUGAGGGGAACAUGAGGAGAACCAACGCUGAGGAGAACGCAAGGAGAACCAACACUGAGGAGAACGCAAGGAGAACCAACACUGAGGAGAACGCAAGGAGAACCGACACUGAGGAGAACGCAAGGAGAACCGACACUGAGGGGAACUCGAGGGGAACCGACGCUGAGGAGAACGCAAGGAGAACCGACACUGAGGAGAAUGCAAGGAGAACCGACACUGAGGGGAACUCGAGGGGAACCGACGCUGAGGGGAACUCGAGGGGAACCGAUGCCGACCCAGAACAGAAGCUCAGUGGAACUUGUGGAACUGCCGCCGGCCCGUUCUGCCCUCAGACAUCUCCGAGUAGCCAGCCAAUCACUGCACACCAGCCCACCCACACUGGCUCCUCAUUGGUCAGCCAUGCCCUUGACUCCUCCCCCAGUGAGUCCUUAUUGGUCAGUGCUGCCCCUCAAUCCUUUCACACUGAAUCCCUAUUGGUCAAUGGUGCCCCUCAGUCUUCGCCCUCUGACUCCCUAUUGGUUAAUAAUACCUCUGAUUCCUCCCACACUGACUCCCAAUUGGUCAGUGGUGCCCUUGAAUCCUCCCCCAGUGACUCUUUAUUGGUUGAUCAUGCCAAAGAGCCCUCCCAGAUUGGCCUGUCAUUGGCUGGUCAUGUCCCAGAUCCCGCCCCAGCUGGCCCCUCAUUGGCUGAAUGUGUUCCGGAGCCGGCAAACUCUUCCUCAUUAUUUGAGUCGAGCAAAGAGGAAGAAACACCACUUUUGAAGCAAACAGACACGCUGAAGGGUGCGGUGGAAGGCUGUGUGUAUGACGUGUGUGUGGUGCGCUCUCCAUCCGAUGCCGUGUGUGUGUGUGUGGCAGGAGAGUGGAGUGUGUGUGUGUGGACCGAGGACUCACCCCUUCAUUGGAGCCUGUUACACACCUGGAGAUUCACACAGUCUGUGGUGUCUCUGUUCUCCGUUCCUGAUUCUGAUGGACUACUGUGUGUAACCCUGGGUCAACUAGAGAUCACAGAAACAAGUGUUCUCUCCACAGGUUCUUUUUCUCAGAGCACGGUGUGUGUGGGGGCGUGUCUACGCACGGUGGUGGGCGUGUCCAACUGCAGGAUUGUGUGUAGUCACGCCCCCAAACCCAGACAGACCAUAGAAGUGCACACACUCACCAAAGAGGGCAGUACUGGGGAGUCGGUCCGUCUGGUCUCUUCUGAUUGGUGCAUUGAGUCCCUGGUUGCCGUGGAAAAUCAGUCGGAUGCUCUGAUUGGCUGGACGGACUCUUCAGCUCUGAUCAUAUGGAACACUAGAACUGGGCAUCUCCUACAAACCAUAGAACUGGGCCACAUGGUGUCCAUGGCAACCUGCCUGCGAGGAUAUUCCUGCAAAGGUUUGGUGUGUGUGUUACUACAGAGUGUGUGUGUGAGUGAGGGGCGGAGCCAGUGUGUGUUCACUCUGAUUGGCCUGAAUCCCAUGAACGGGAAAGCUACGGAACUUACAACGGUCAACACACACUCCUCAGAGAGGUUUGUGGAGUUGGACGUGAUUGGCUCAGCUGUGGUGGGCGUGUCUCCCUCUGGCAGCAUGGUCCUAUGGGAUGUGAGAGGGGGCGGGGCUUGUCUGCUGGCCAGUGACGACUGCCAUCUGGCUCGCUGGGCGGGGCCUAACUCCCUCCUGACUGGACACAAGAACGGGGACGUGUGUGUGUACCAAUACAGCCCUGUGUAGAGCACACACACACACACACACACCUCACUAAACAGGAGAACGGGGACGUGUGUGUGUACCAAUACAGCCCUGUGUAGAACACACACACACACACACACACACACACACACACACACACACACACACACACACACACCUCACUAAACAGGAGAACGGGGACGUGUGUGUGUACCAACACAGCCCUGUGUAGAGCACACACACACACACACACACACACACACACACACACACAUACACCUCACUAAACAGGAGAACGGGGACGUGUGUGUGUACCAAUACAACCCUGUGUAGAACACACACACACACACACACACACACACACAUACACACACACCUCACUAAACAGGAGAACGGGGACGUGUGUGUGUACCAAUACAGCCCCAUGUAGAACACACACACACACACACACACACACACACAUACACACACACCUCACUAAACAGGAGAACGGGGACGUGUGUGUGUACCAAUACAGCCCUGUGUAGAACACACACACACACACACACACACACACACACACACACACACACAUGCACACCUCACUAAACAGGAGAACGGGGACGUGUGUGUGUACCAAUACAGCCCUGUGUAGAAAACACACACACACACACACCUCACUAAACAGGAGAACGGGGACGUGUGUGUGUACCAAUUCAGCCCUGUGUAGAACACACACACACACACACACAAACACACACACACACACACACACACACACACACACACACACACACACACACACACACACCUCACUAAACAGGAGAACGGGGACGUGUGUGUGUACCAAUACAGCCCUGUGUAGAGCACACACACACACACACACCAAUACAGCCCCAUGUAGAACACACACACACACACACACACCUCACUAAACAGGAGAACGGGGACGUGUGUGUGUACCAAUACAGCCCUGUGUAGAACACACACACACACACACACACACACACACACACACACACACACACACACCUCACUAAACAGGAGAACGGGGACGUGUGUGUGUACUAAUUCAGCCCUGUGUAGAACACACACACACACACACACACACACACACACACACACACACGCCUCACUAAACAGGAGAACGGGGACGUGUGUGUGUACUAAUUCAGCCCUGUGUAGAACACACACACACACACACACACACACACACACACACACACACACACACCUCACUAAACAGGAGAACGGGGACGUGUGUGUGUACCAAUACAGCCCUGUGUAGAACACACACACACACACACAUACACACACACACACACACACACACACACACACACACACACACACACACACACACCUCACUAAACAGGAGAAUGGGGACGUGUGUGUGUACCAAUACAACCCCAGGUAGAACACACACACACACACACACACACAUACACGCACUCACCUAAAAAAACUCAGGCAAUACCACUGGAAAGAACACUGUUGAGAAGUCUCAGAUGUUAUUUAUUGUUGAUUGUAAAUAAGAAGUUUAUCGGUACAUGUGAUUAAAUGUUUAACUAAUAAAAC